AUGGCUUUAUCUUCUUCCGACGCAGCGACUGCAUGGGACGUCAAGACGCAGGCUUUUCACGGUGGUCAGGACUGGAAAUUCCUACGUAACUUUAUCGAGGAUUUUAGUGUAACUACCAAUGCAUUGGGUACACCUGAAAAAGCAUUGGAAGCGGCUAGAGCGGCACUCAAUACAGUGCAUCACUAUCCCCCGGCGGACUUUCAGCCAGCUCUUAGCCAUUUGGCCAAUUUUUUAUGGCCAAUCAACUCGCAGCAAAACUUGUCACUAUUGCUCAUGGGUAAUGGAGCUAGUGAACUUAUUGAUCUGGUGAUUCGUAGCGUACAGCGCGGUGGCUGGCGUCCAGGAAAUACUGUGACGCAGUACAAGGAGUAUGAACGAUCUUGUCAAGCUGAUGGCCGUGAAACAUUAGCUUGGAAUGAUCCCAAGGCUGCAUUAACGUGUGUUGUAAAUCCAACUAAUCCAACUGGUGAUUACAUGGACGUGGAGGAAAUGAAACAGUACAUUGCAACUAAUUGCCCUGAUAACCACACGAUCAUUAUUGAUGAAAGCAUGCAACCAUGGGUUGGACCAAAAUGGCGCGAAGAUUCACUUGUUCACCAACGUGAGUGGAUCAAACAGCUCAGUGAAACCCGUCAUAUUAAUGUCUGGGUCAUGACGAGCUGGACCAAGAUCUGGUCGUGCACGGGGCUGCGUAUCGGUAGUGUUGUGGCCCCUACACCCGAGCACGCUGCAGAGAUCAAGCGCAAGCAGGUGCCAUGGUCAGUUAAUUCCAUGGCUUUGGCCUUUGUAUCUGCUGUAGUCAAGGAUGACGCUUACCUUCAGAAGACGUGGGAUGUUACGCCCAAGUGGCGUCUACACGCGAUUGAGCAGCUGACUAAACGCUUUCCAAACUGGGAAUUCUUUGGCAAACCCUUCUUAUCAUGGAUCUGGUUGAAUACCAAGUCGGCUGACAUAAGCGAAAAAGCCUGUAAGUUGGCCAAGGAGCAUGGCGUACCUGUUCGCAGUGGUAAACCCGGCUACAACCUUCCUACUUUCGUACGCAUCGCUGUCCGUAGUCCAGACCAGACGGCUGUGCUACUCAAAGCUUGGAAGCAACUUGAGUAA